GAGCCGGGAGCCCGGCCGCCGGGACAGCGGGCUGCGGCUGCUCCAGCCCCGCCAGGUUCCGGAGUCGUUUGGUGUUGGGUCCUCCCCUGCAACGAGCGAUCCCUCCCUAAGGUGCCCUGGAUGGAUUGCACUCUGCUGUAGGAUGUAUUUACUUCCCUCCUUCUUCCUUGUACGUCAUCCACAACUUGCCUCAUCUGAAGGUGCCUCCACCCUCCAUCAUGAAUGAUGAUCAGAGACUACACAACAAUGCGGUAGCUUGGCUGAUCUGCUCGGGGGUCUCCGUUCUAGCCAACACCUGGGGGAUUCUGAGUGUAAGUGCCAAGCAGAAGAAAUGGAAGCCCCUGGAGUUCCUUAUCUGCACACUGGCUGGGACUCACAUCCUUAACAUAGCCAUCCCCAUUACAAUGUACUCUGUGAUCGAGCUCCGGCGGCAGCGCUCAGACUACGAAUGGAGCGAAGGCCUCUGCAAGGUCUUUGUCUCCACCUUCUAUACCUUAACCUUGGUCACCUGCUUCUCAGUCACCUCCCUGUCCUACCAUCGGAUGUGGAUGGUCCGCUGGCCAGUCAAUUACAGGUUGAGCAAUACCAAGAAACAAGCUGUUCACACUGUGAUGGGCAUUUGGAUGGUGUCCUUCAUCCUCUCCACCUUGCCAGCGGUUGGAUGGCAUGACACCACCGAGCGCUUCUACGCCAGGGACUGCCGCUUCAUCGUCACUGAGAUCGGCCUGGGCUUCGGCGUCUGCUUCCUGCUCCUCAUCAGCGGCAGCGUGGCGAUGGGCGUCGUCUGCACCAGCAUCGCCCUCUUCCAGACCUUCUCCGUCCAAAUGGGGCACAGCGUCGACAGGAACAAGUUCAACGUGCCUGCCAUCGUGGUGGAGGACGCGCAGGGCAAACGGCGCUCGUCCAUCGACGGCUCCGAGCCCAUCAAGACCUCUCUGCAAAUCACCUACCUGGUCACCGGGAUCGUGUUCAUUUAUGAUUUCCUGAUGGGCUUUCCCAUCCUGGUGGUGAGCUUUGCCAGCCUGAAGUCUGACAUGUCCUACAGCUGGAUGGUGUUGUGUGUUCUCUGGUGCUCGGUCAUCCAGUCCCUGCUCCUCCCGCUCUUCCUCUGGGCCUGCGAUCGCUACCGAGCAGACAUAAGGUCCAUCUGGGAGAAGUGCGUGGCCAUCAUGUCCAACGACGACGCAGACGAAGAGACCAGCCUGGAUGGUGCAAUUCACACCGACCUGAUGUAUGAGAGGCCUUACGACUAUAACUACGGAGGGGACAUCUUAGCGCUGGAGCACAUUGCUAAGUACGACUUCUCGGCACUGGAGAGAGGAAUCCCUCAGGUGUAUCCUGUACGAUCGGUGCAGGAGAACAAAAUGCAGUAUCUGCAGGUCCCGCCUCUGAGGCGUUAUUCUCACGAUGAAACGGACAUUUGGACUACGGGCCAGAUUUCAGCCUACCUCCAGCGCUGGGGAGUGGGUGAGGAUGCGGCCGGGCUGGCCCACCUCCUCAUCCCGCGGCAUGCACAGAGGAGGAGCAGCCUGACCUCCUACCACGAGGAGCGGCUUCCCUACCGCAAGCGCCGGAAGUCUGCGGAGAGCGUCAUCUCGCUCCAGCCGCUCUCCCGUGAGGACCUGUACAGGUGCUUCAGCAAGGAGGAAGUGGUGAACUUCAUUGACGAGAGCCCCCUGCCCAGCCCCAGGAAAAGCCCCAUGCACUCGUCUUCCGUCUCCCUCCUCCCGGAGGCUUUUCUGCCCCAGGCCAGCGUGCGCUCCAACUUCCCUCUGACCGACUUUGAGCGGGAGCCUCAGGUGCUGCGCAGGUUCUCGGCGCAGGGGAAGGGCUGCACCCUCACUGUGCCCAGGCCUCUACGCGCCCAGGAGCACCCCAGAUGCCUCUUUCCCGAGGGAAACAGAAACCCCUGCAGGGGACAAAUUCCCUUCGAACUCGGGGAGGCCCAGGCACUAGACAGCCGCCCAGCAAGCAGCAGCUGCUCCGAGUCAGGGGGAUUUCGGACGAGUUUGAGCAUCUCUUGGGGGGAGCAGGAAAACCUACAGAAAGUGAUCGCUAACACGCUGCAUCCUCCUGUUCAGGCCGGGGUUGAAAGUUGAGCUCGCGUUUCCUUUAGAGAAGAAUAAAGGGGGAAAAAAAGAAGAAGAAGAUUGGUACCUGAUAAGCCAGUGACACUGGCUCCAGUGGACCAAGAACAGAGGCCAGCUUUAAGACAGGCUAAGACAGGUCCAUUUUUCUGGAUUCUGUAAUGGCCAGUUACCAUAGACAGAUCUGUGAUUCGCUUAGUGCGUGUUCAUAACUCACUGCCGAGGCUGAGAGUCGUAGUCAGGCUGCUCGUGGGGUUCUGCCACAGCCCGAGGAGCCGUUUCUUGUACAGGCUCGCACGAGGCGCCGUUGUACAGGCUCGCACGAGGCUCUGUUGCUCUUGUGCAUUCGUGCAGAUCUCAGUCUUGUUGCUCUGGACCUGCAUGAGACUGGAGAAUUGGUGCCUCCUGCUCCUUUGGGUUUAUGUUGUGGAAUCCAGCUAAUUUGUGUCCUGUGGUUUCACCGCUGAUACAGACACAAGCUAAAGACCAGCUACACUCUCAGAUGAGAUUCCCCGAUGCUAGCAGGAGCUGUCUGAGAACAGAAAAUAUACAUAUGCCAUAGAAAAUUUACCAGUAGCGCUUUUGACGGGACUCUGUGCCCCAGCUGCUUAUUUUCUAGUAAGUGAGAUUUUGCUGGCUCACAAGCGAGCACCGAAGAGUGUCAGCAGCAUGCUCAGGAGAGCUGACAAAACCGUGACCAGGGUCUCUGCCUUGCCCUGUAGUUCUCUGCCAUUUCCUUUCCCAUCAGCACCGACUGCCCUGGGGUGCGGGUAAAUAGAAAGCAUCUCUCCUGUUCUGCACAGGUCUAGAGGGGCUGCGAGGCAGGAGUCCUGGAUCGUGUUCAGAGCUCUGCCGCUCAUUGGGCAAGUGACUUGUCCAAGCUCACACCACUUCUGUGUGCCUCAGUUUCCUCAGAUGUGGUGGCAGUUUAGUAACAUUUGCUUUUCUCACGGGGCUGUGAUCCCUCAAUGAAAAGUGCUUUUGAGUGCAAAGUACCAUUGUUACUAGUUCCUUAAAGAAUGCUGUUAGCUGCCCCAAUUCCCUGCCAGUGAGAGUACUGAAUGGCACCUGUGUAGCCCCUGGUACCUUGUUAAUCAGCACUGUUGGGGAAAGGAAUUCCAGGGAAAGCAUGUGGCUAAACUAUCUGCUUUGCCUGAAUGUGAAGAAGGGGUGGGAGAAUCCUCCUCCGCUGCAAGAAAUAGUCUAUAACAGAUGCCAGAAAACUCUGCCACCUUUUUCAGUGAAAGAGUCAACAGACAGAGCAGCAGUUGUGUGGUGUCACUGAUGGUCUGAAGCAUACAAAUGCAGACUGAAUUCAAAGAACCAGUACAUUUUACUGAAAUAGACUGAUUUAAAUUAUACGCAUAAAGUUAUGCCAACUGCACUAGACUGAAAAUAAAAUGCAUUUGGAACCAAAAUUCAACUCAUCUGAAAUUGGAGCCACCCGUUGAAUUCUGUUGGCUUUGAGGUGUGUUUUUUUUUUUUUUUUUGGACAGAUCUAGCCCUGACUGUAAAAGAACAAUCCAGACCCUGCCAUUAAUUCACUUAAACUUCAAAGCCAUGAAUGAAACAUUAAAGAAACACAGUCGGUUUCAGCACUACGUUUGAAUCCUUAGUUGUUUGUCAUAAGCAAAAAAUACUCAAUCUUGACCUUUUAUCAGCGGGGUCCCAGAGAACGAGAUUUCUCCUGUUAAGUGAGUGAAGAGAGUCUCUGUGUCUAGGGGACAGGUGUGAGGCAUGCUUAUAAUUUGGAAUGCAUAAUGUUUAAAUGAACCAUUCUAACUAAUUCAUUUUUCAAUUGCAAUAAAAAAAAUAAACCACAAACUUAGAAACAAGAGGUUAAACAGAGCGUCUGGGUGGAUGUUUUAUUCCUAUUGAUAAAAUUCCACCACCAGAAAGUGAUGUUGUGCCUUUAAGGAUUAAAAAUAUUGAUGCUGGUCAUUUAUUAAUAAUUUUGUUGGUGACCUCUUUGUGUUUCACCUCUAACCAGGGGAGAACAAGGCUUUAAGCAGUUGUUAACAAUUUGUAGUACUGUAUCUUUUUAACUAUUUUUAGUGUCAAAAGGCAAUAUUCUGAAAAGAAUGUGUUUUGUGCCACUGUAUUGCAGAGAGCCAAUCCUGAUUUUUACUGAAUUUUGGAGAAAACAAAAGAAUACAAAGGCUGCUCCGUUCUUUGGGAUAACUAGACAAUGUCUUUUUAUUGCACAAUAAUGAUUGAUGUUUUGUAAAUUCCAAUGUAUUCCAAUAAGGUACUUUUGUUGGAACUCAAACUACUUCUUUAAACGGUUCUGUGUGUACUACGCAUUUGUAAGAUCUCCAUUCUGUCAGUGAUGUUGAUGCUUUGCAACAAUUCUUUCUAUUGGUCUAAGUGGAUUUGUCUUAAGUAUAAAGUUUAAAGCAUUUUAUUCACAGUAUUUCUGAUUCGUUUGUAGUUUGCUCUUUUUUGACAACUUGAGGGUUUCUCUUUGUAAAGGACUGAAUAAAAAUCCCUUCCGUAUUGUU